GCAAGUGAAAGACUAGGGUAUCAGAAUUUUUUUUAUGAAGUAGUCCCUGAAUUUUUCCCUUACCUUUACAUUUGCCCUUUUUUUGUUUUUUUUUGGGCCCAAAUUAUGAUCUGGGCCAAAGAAUUUUUUUUUUUUUUUUUGCCAGAGCCUGGGCACAGGCCCAGGAUGGCCAGGCGGUACAUCCGCCUCUGGAUAAAAGGAUGACGUAAAUGGGUUUAUUAUUAUUUCUAACAUGUAUGUUGCUCUCACGAACCCAACAAAGUUGCAUCUCACGGUGAUUGAAACUUGGAAGCUGGUUGCGCCCCACAAUGGAUGGAAGUUGGUUGCAUGACGUGAACAAUAUGAGAGUACGAGGAGCACUUUGCGAUUUAGAUAGUAGAUGAAUUUUAGGUAUUUCUGAUAGAUUUUGUGAGGGAGAUUAUUUCCUUUGAGAGUUGUGAGUUGUUCGCUGGGAAUUUGAUCUCCAAACAUAUGAGAUUUGGUAUAUCAUGAGGUUGUUUGUGCGUCAGAUUAUAGGGAAGUCGUUGAUGUUCUCACUAAUGACAUAGACAUGCAUGGAUAAUGAUUAACGGAGAAGAUAGUCACAAUUCAAGUUUUUUCAGUCCACUCCGAAUCUUCUUUUGUGCUAGAGCGCUGUAGUUGUUUCUAGAGAAUUCGGCAACCUUCGCGUGAUCGCUCGCAGAUUAAUAUUUCCAUCCUGGCAUUGCAUUUGCUUGUGAAGCAGCGAGUGUGGUGAUCGAGAAGAAGAAGAAGGAAGAUGUCAGCGUACGACGGCGUUGUGGUUGGGAAAUUGAAGCUCAAGGGAAAACCAUUGGAUGUCAAAUCCACUAUCACUGGUGGGAUCACAAAGCACAACAAAAAGUAGAAGAAGAAGAAGAAGAAGAUGGACGAUUACAACUCUUACCAGCAUCACCAUGAAGAUGAGGCUGAUAAGUAUGAGGACAAAGGAAAUGAUAUAUCAAAUGAUGAUCAUCUAACUUCCGCUGAGAGGCGAUUUCUGCAGCAGACAGAGAAACUUGAGCUUCAAAGGCUAGCAAAGAUGGCAAGAAGCUCCCAUCGAGAUAGGAUUCAGCACUUCAAUCAGUAUUUGGCCAAUCUUAGUGAGCAUUAUGAUAUUCCAAAAGUGGGGCCUGGCUAACCCAAUUACUUCUGUUUCAUGUAUUGUAGUACUGUUAAAUUCACAUAACUUUAAUGAUCAAUUGACAUGGAUUUGUUUUAGGGAAAAUAGCAUCUAGCUUUCUUAAAUCUUCAUUUACUCACAAGAAAUUAUCAUGACUUAUCCAAACUUAAUACUCUUAAAUUUUUUCAAUCAAUCUUGGGCUUUUGUUUAACUCAACAACUGGUCAAUGUUUCCUACUCUCUCAAUCUGUUUAAUAAUGAUGGAAAAUUUGUUUAAAUAUUAAAAACAGAGGAGAAUUUUAAAAUAAGCUAAUUGAAAAUAUUUUUCUUAUGUACAAAGUAGUGCCUAGUAUAGAUCACAAUUUUUUUACUUGUAGAUCUCCCCCAGACUUUUUUUGCAUAUGGGACUCUUGAGUGGGGAUUUUUUUUUUCUGUGCUAAAGUUCUCUUGAUUUAAAGCUAAAAUCAAAUAUGAGUAGAAACUUACGUUUCGGAUCUCUAAAAUCGAAAACAAUUCUGGCUAGAGAGAAAAAUCAGGUGUACAUGGAGUGUCAUUGUGAUUAGGAUGUUUAUAAGUCGGGAGAAAAUAAACUCAAACAAAAAUAGCAGAAGAAUCAAGAAAUUGUUCACUACAUGUGAGAGGAAUAUAUUUUAUGUGACAUGAUUCAUGAUUGUAUUAAUUUCAUACCAUCAUGCUGGUCCUAGAAUAUUAUUAUUUGGCCAUUUUAUAAACGAGAAAUAUAAAUAAUCAAUUCACUAAUGACAGUUGCAUCAUCACUGUGAGAGAGAUCAGGAGAAUACCUUGGGCGUUUGAGUGAGGUGGCAAGAACUCCUGAAUUUGCUGAAUUCUCUUCAAUUCUGUUAGCAACCCUGAUACUGACAGAGAAACCUAUCAGUUUUCACUCUCCAAUGAAUCUCCACACGCACACACACACUGCAUUUUGUUUUUUCAUUUUAUGAAUCACAAUGUUCAUACAAAAAUGUCUGAUAAAGGUGCUUAGAUAAGAAGAAAUCGAUCUUAUGAUAAUGGUAGGGUCAAGAAAGAAAUCACAGAGGAGGCCAACUUGGAUCAUUGUAUUCGUUUCUGUGGUAUGCCUUAUCAUGACUUUUGCCUACAUUUAUCCACAAACGAGCCCUGCAACAUGCUACUUCUCUUCCUCUAGAGAUUGUCAUACAUAUGAUCCGCACCCCGCUGGCUACUUUUCGCGGAAACUAACUGACGAAGAGGUUGAAUCUCGGGUUGUUACCAACGAGUUGCUCAAAUUUCUUCCUGUCAAAACCAAGAACCGCAAAGUUGCCUUCAUGUUCUUGACUCCGGGUUCACUUCCCUUCGAGAAGCUCUGGCACGUGUUCUUCCAAGGGCAUGAGGGCAGAUUCUCAAUUUAUGUACAUGCAUCUAAGGAAAAACCAGUACAUGCCAGCCAAUAUUUUGUUGGUCGAGAAAUUCACAGUGAACCGGUGAGUUGGGGGAGUUUUUCUAUGGUUGAGGCAGAAAAGAGACUUUUGGCACAUGCACUUAUAGACCCUGAUAAUGAACAUUUUGUCUUGCUGUCUGAAAGUUGUAUACCUGUGCGCCCCUUUGAAUUCGUGUACAACUACUUAUUGUUUACAAAUGUCAGCUUCAUUGAUUGCUAUGUGGAUCCUGGACCUCAUGGAAAUGGAAGGUAUAUAGAGCAUAUGUUGCCUGAAGUAGAAAAGAAGGAUUUCAGAAAGGGUUCACAGUGGUUCUCAAUGAAGCGUCAACAUGCUAUUGUAGUUAUGGCAGACAGUCUCUAUUUUACAAAAUUCAAGCAUCAUUGCAGGCCUAAUAUGGAGGGAGGACGCAACUGCUAUGCUGAUGAGCAUUACUUGCCAACCUUUUUUAAUAUGAUUGACCCAGAAGGGAUUUCAAGUUGGUCAGUAACAUAUGUUGAUUGGUCUGAAGGAAAAUGGCAUCCUAGAUCAUUCAGUGCUCAGGAGAUUAGUGAUAAACUCCUGAAAACCUUAAGAUCCAAAGAUGAAGUUCCACAUAUUACAAGCGAGGCACAGAGAUCAGUGAUAAUUACCCCUUGCAUGUGGAAUGGGUCAAAACAACCAUGUUAUUUAUUUGCCAGGAAGUUUUACCCAGAAACCUUGGAUAAAUUGAUGCACCUUUUCUCUAAUUCUUCUGUAUUCUAAAGUGUUGCCAAUUCAUUAUCAUUCUUUGGUAAUCAAAAGCAUAUAAUCUCCUGCUUCACCUUGAAGAUAACAUUUGGUUGUGAAAAGAUCAACAAUCCAGAGGCAAAUGGAUAAAAUUAUAUAGGAAGGCAAAGAAGUUGAUUCAUAUUUGAAGAGUAUUCUUGUCAUGGGCUUUGAUAAGAAUGCUAAGCUUAUAACAUGGAUGGAAAGAUCAUUUGCAGUUCCUAUUUUACUUUGUUAUACAAUUUUUUAAACAUCAUAGAAUUUCCUGUUAGAUGAAAAUUUAUGGUGUACUUGAUUUUACUCA